CCUGCAUUCCGCUCCAUCCCAGUCUCCAAACCCCAGCUUACCACAGUACAUCACCCGCCUUGGUCCUGAAUAGAUUGCUCCUCGUCCUAAUACUCCGCAAUAAUAUCGCCAGCCUAAUAACCCCGACGCCAUGCCCCACGAAGAGCCUCUCCCCUUCUGGCUCGUCAACCUCCCACGCGACCAAUGGCCCUCCGAAUGCCCGGACUUCCUGCGAGACUGUAGUGAGAAAGACCGCAGCAUCAUUGGGACGCCCGAUGCCGAGUAUACGAGACUCUCAUGGGACGAGUGUAGGGAGCUGAUCCGAGCCAAUCGCGUCGACAAGUUCCACAGAGUACCUUCCGAGUUGCGUCGCUAUCGCCAGUUUACGCACCGCUUGGUAAAGGAGUAUGGAUCCAUCUUGAAGUUCAUCGUCGACGAGAGGUUGAAGUGGACGGAUAUGAAGCCGCGGGGCCGACCGUUCGAAUGCGAAGACGACAUCAAGAUCCUCUACAACGACUGGCCCUACGGCGUAGACGAGAAGAUUGUGCACCUCGUCGUUUGGACCAAGUUCCCGCUGGACGAGGUGCCAGGGACAGAUGCCCUGACGCCGGAAGCGCGGCAGGGCAUAGAGGACUACGUGCAGCGGACCUUCUGCAGCAGAGUGAAGCCGGACCAUGUCAUUUGGUUCAAGAAUUGGGCGAGUUUGAAGAGCGUCCAUGCGGUUGAGCACUUCCAUGUCAUGCUGUAUGAUCCGGUCCCCGACUUCGUCAAGUUCAUCACCAACGGCGAUGCUCCCUUGGCCUCCUUGGUUUCUUAGACCAGAAUCUGCCAUAGAGAUACGAACAGCGAUCUUCGAGUGUCUUGUAACCCUCAAGGCUUUUAGAUGACUA